AUGGACCAAGCCAUCCGGAAUUCCACCGACACCGUUGUCCGCCAAAUCGCCGAGUCAGAAGGUCGGUCAGCCCGGCGGCUCAGGCAAUUGGAAGUUCGAACGGCCCAGCGGCUCAGACAUUUGGAAGCUCGAGUAGCAGCUCGCAUCACCCGCCAGCUCCGAGAAUCGGAAGCUCAAACUGCGGACCUCAUCACCCGCCAGCUCCGAGAAUCGGAAGCUCGAACGGCAGACCUCAUCACUCGUCAGCUCAGACUAUCGGAAGCUCGCACAGCAGCUCGCAUCAACCGCCAGACGGAUCAGAUCAUCCAGAGGCUAGCCGUCGUGGAGGCUGACACAACGAACAUCUUGCAGCUCUUUGACGGUAUCACCCCCGCCGUGAAUCAAUUUGCUCGGCAACAGCGCAACCUCCGUAGAUAG